UUGCCUUUGUGUUCAGAACACGUAGAGAAGCGCUACACUGCUGUUGUGUACGGUGACUGACUGACCAUUUUUCAGAUCCGUCUGUCUUGGCCAUCCAUCCGGUUAGGUGUUGUGUGUUGUGUAGCUAUCGUGACUCGCCAAGCAUACAAGUGUGGCGCUAUACUGACCGUCAAUCGCGUGAGUGAUAUUGGAGCAAGCAAGUGACAGCAAUUGACAGGCCUGCUAAAGCAAACACACCCCGCGAACGGUCGGUGGAAGUAAUUUCACCCCUUUUUUCUUUCGCCGAAUUCGCCCAUCAAGUCGCCGCUGUGUCGAACAAAGGGAACGAAGGGGAUGAGUUGAGGUGAAUGAAAAAAAACCACCACCACCAGUACCAUCACCACAACAACAACAACAACAACAACGGGGUGAAGAGUCUGUUGUCUGCGCGGAGUUAGGCGGUGCAUUUGAUGUUUUGCCGUCGCAGCUUGCUGUGUGCUAUUUGGUGUAGUGUUGUGUGUUUGUGUGAGCGCAAUUUUUGGAAGGGUGACUAAUUCCAAGAGUGCAGUAAUUUCAUCCAGUGAAUUGUGUGAAGUGGGGUUUUUUUCACCGUGGAAGGGAGCAUAGAGUUGCGAGUGUUUGUGUAUCUCCUUCUGCCCUGUCUUCUGCCUGUGUUCGAAGGAAGUGUGCAAAGUGUGGUGCAAGCAAGCAAUAAAUAAUAACACAAAAUAACCCGCACAGACACACUGUACCCCUCCAGUUUUGGUUUCGGCUAGGCGGGAAGCAUCCCCCAAUUGUUGCGGUUGUGUCCCACCCCGCUGUCUGCACAUUUAAUGCGACACCGCUACCGAACACGUGAAUAGAGUGCGAGCCACAAGCCGCGCAGUGUGCGAGCGUGGUUCAAAACGCGUCAGGGGAAAAGAAAAGAAUAAAUCGCACCCGUUCAUCGAAAUGGUGUAAAAAAAAACGCUCCCCGCAUAAAAAAAAAACAAGGAAAGAGCAUUGUGUAUCGUGUUCCUCUGUCCUCUCGCUCCCUCCUUCUGGGUGGUUGCGCGUUUCGGUGCGGCCAUUUGCGAAAAGUGUGCGUUUUUAGUUCCGAGAAUUUUGUGCACCCCAUCCCCAUCGUUUCGCAUAAAGGGGGAACGUUGUGUUGCUGCAGUGGCCUGUGUGUGUGCGAGCUUGGAGUGUUUCGGGGUUUUACGGGAGGGGUUGUGUGUUUAUUUUCUGCGCUUUGGCGACUUGAGACGGCAAGCAGCUCGAGCAGCAGUGCCCUUAGCAUCGUUGGAAAAGCGUGUGACUACGACGACUUGCGUGUAUUUGUGUCUGUGUUUGUGCGGCUAUAAUAUUCCAUCUGGCGAAGGUUGUUAAUCUCGCGCGACGCAGAGGUUGGAUUUCCCCGAAAAGGUAGCAAUUUUCGCUUCUUCGAAAAGGCGUAUCCCCCGGACACCAAACUCGGCGGCAGUCACACAACUCGCAAGAGAACCCCCCCCCCCCCGUCCCGGUUGCGGCACAUUAGUUAGUCCUAGCCCUGCCUCGACAAUGCCACUGUCCGUGACGACGAAAGCACCGUCCGCCGGUGAGAAGACGUGUAGUGGAGUCGACCGGUUGCUAGCGGAACCACCAUCGCCAGCGGAUUCGCGGACGGAAUCGCCGGCCCCGCCACUGUCACCCGGUCCGAACUCGGGCCAACCACCGCCGCUAGAACAGCCACUGCAAACCCAGGCCGCCCCAGGUGUGGGUGGCAUACUUUCGACCGUGUCUAACUUCUCCGUGAUAAACUAUGUCGGUAAAAUUCAAAAGCAAUCAUCCUACAAAUCAUCCACCGGUCGGUGCCGAACGCCCUACGAUAGUUCUAGCAGCUAUCGGACCGGUUCGGGGGUGGUUUGUCGCAUCACGGAACCGCCGAUGGACGAUACGACCAACUCGUCCACCUUUUCCUCGCUGGAGUACGGUUGCAGUAGUGGCGGCGGUGGCAGCAGCAGCAGCAGCAGCAGCACGACCAGCAGCAACCACAGCACAGGGAUCGGCUGUGACACCAGCCCCGAAUGCAGCGACCAGCUGGACAGCAUCGACACGACGGAGGACGGCAGCACGUCCGGGCCACGGUUGCGCAGCCGCCGGUCGAUGAGCGUUUCGUCGAGCGGAUGUUCCAGCUCGAUGGACGAUCGCAACUUUGACUUUUCACCCCUGGGAAGCAUCAUCAGCUGUCGGUGCAACUCGUACAGCAUGUCCGACUUCGAUGAUGAUGGUUUCCGCGAGGACAGUAGCGUAUCGUCGGCGCACGGUGGCGGUGCCCUUUCCGGCUCCCGAUCGUACCAGUCGCAUCAUCCGCUGCAUCACCACCACCAGAACGUACCGCACCAUCCGCGCAAUCACAAGGGGCUGUUUGAUAUCGCGCUGAAAACGGUCAAGCUGAUCCGGCGCAACCAGGAGCUGCAGGUGCGGCUGGCCCAGCUGCAGGAGGAAACGAGCGCGUUCAUCGACUCGGUCAUGGCGAAUCCGGAGAACGAAUCGCUGCGGUCCCAUUUCUACAGCAGUAAACGCGUCCCGACGCUACCGCUGACGGUGCAGAAGUGAACGGGAUACCGGGAUACAGAGGUCCGGUGCACUUUGCGAGGGGGCUCGUCGUUCGCUUCGAACCACAAAAACGCCACAAACAGGACGAAACGGUCCCAGUCUCAGUCGAUUAUGCACAGUGUGGAAGCGGUACCGGCGGUCGAUUGAUUCGAGCUGCUGCUGGCUUAAGUUACGUUAACGUUAAGAAGUUCUCAUCCCACAUCAUCUUCAUAGUGGAAAUCUCUUCCCGAGCGCCACAGGAGGGAAAAGAUCGAUUAUUUGUUUUUUUUUUUAAAAUUUAUUGCCAAACUGGUUGGGCACUAAACGUGAGACCCAUCGUUUCGCUUUCGCUCAUUUCAUCCUUGAUUAGUUGUCGUACAUAUAUGUUGGACCAUAGGCUGCGUUACUAAUACUUGCGAAACGUCUGCAAAUCUAAACAUUAGACUGUGUGUACUCUGACCCGUAAUACUGACACAAACGGAAGCGGAAAGACGGAGAACAGUGGGUCAAUCAAUAUAACAGUGCUAAGCCACUAUUUCAAUAAGCAAUCAGUUAAUCGUGAGAUAUAAGCAUAGUAAGUAGGAAAGCUUUUGCUGCAUUCGUGUAUGUGUGUCAACCGGGGACGGAUGUCCCCAGUGUUAGGCUUCGGUUUGCCACGUUCUGUAUGUGCUCGUUUAGUUCAGUUACUCGAUGGAAUCGAUAGACAGUGAUAAGAUACGUAAGAGAGAACGUAUAUUCUCAGUGAACGGGGGAAAAGGGAGAAAAACAGCAACAAUCCAGUAUAAGGACACACACACACACACAUACACAUACGCCAAAUUGAAGAAGUACGCAUUGUUUCGUUAUCGACAUUUAAUUAUUGUGAUUAUCAUUUUUUCCAUCAAAGGGGAGUAGUAAAGAGCGGCAUCUUUGACUUUUUGUUUGCUGAUCUAGGCGUAGCAGUUGUUAGAAUUCGCGCACAGUAUCUCAAAGCUGCCAACUGUAAGAUUCUUUUGCGUUUAUCAAUCGGAAUCGAAAUCCAGUUAACUUAUUACUUAUUGCCUAACAAGGUGAUGUUGUGAUCCUUUUUGACACACCGAUGAAACGUACUGAGGGUACGCUAAACAGUAAAUGCUGAAAACAUUCUUAUUCGCUCUCCGAGGAUGAUGGGACGAGUUUGUAGUUUUUAGGUUCGAGUUUAUGUUUGAGCUUAUUAUAUGUGUGUGUGUGUGUGAGCGUUAUUGGCCAGAACAAUCUCAAUCAUAUUUAUAAAUGCUAAUAAGUAAGAGAUGUGUAGCGUUUAGCAGCAGAUGAUCACAAAACGAUGGUAAUCCAUUACGCGCAUGGUUGGAUGAAAUUCAGCCUCACAUUCGCACGCGUGCGAAUCAGAAGCAAGCGAGAAAGGACGAGAUGAAAGAAAAACUCCAAGUGGUAUUUAUAUUUAACUAACGAAGGCUAAGCAAAGAAAAGCGAAAAUAGAUGAAAAACUGUGUUUUUU